AUGUCAGGUCCCUCCAAUCCCGGCUCGCUCAGGGCCACUGGCCAAAGCCAAGUACCAUCCAACAAAUCAUCCACCAAAAUACCGGUUACGGAUAGGGUUAAGAGAGUGCCUAAACCGAGUCAUCCACUCCUUCGUCAAUUGGUAGACUUCUACCAUCCGAUGCUCGCCGGUCCCGACUGGAAAGGCCGAUACUUCGACCGCCUGCUCGACCUACCAACCGAAGACUACGACGGCCCGACCGAUUUCAUCGGCUGGCUUUUCCCGCUGCCAGAGCGGGUCGGGGCCGAGACUUCGCCCGAGGCGGCCGCGCCUGUCCUGGACCAGUUGGCAUUUAUGUACAUGCGCCAGGAGGAAGCCAUAGGGCAAAACCUGAAGCUCGCUCUCAUCCGUAUACUCGACAUAUACGGUUUCAAUAUCCAGUAUACUAAACACAGCACGACUGAGGUGCCCGUUAUAACCGAACUCAGCGGCGGAAAAGGCAAGUUUCAGUUCUGGGGAACUACGUUAUCCCACCAUCACGAGCGUAUAGCUCGCAUCAUCAGAAGCACCCGCAUCCUAGGCUAUGAGAGCAUGGGGCUGGCCAUCAUGCGCGCGUUCCAUAAAGCUGUUAAAGAUUGGGAUCUAUUCGGGAGCUGGCCUGCUCAAACGGCUCUUGCGGUUCUGGACAGCUGGAGACGGGCAGGGGAGUCGCCAUUACAAGAAGCGUUGGAUGGCAAAACUUAUGCUCCGUGGUUGUCAAAGCACUGGAAUUCUAAUUUUUAA